AUUAUCGCAAAGAUCAAAAAGGAAUGUGUCAAGGAAUCAUGAGCAGGGAAAAUCCUGUGAGAUUCAGCACAGACCAGAAAGAGAGCAGGGAAACCAACCAGGGGAGAAAGUGGGUACAUUUAUUUCCUGUCAGGGAACUCGGAAGGCCCUCAAGGAAACCACGACACAGCAGGAAAUCCUCAUGGGAAAGAGAAAAAAUACAUUCACUGAGUGUGGGAAAAACUUAAGUGACUACUCAGCCCUUAAAAAGCAUCAGAGAAUCCACACAGGGGAGAGGCCCUAUGAAUGCUGUGAGUGCAAAAAAUGCUUCACUAGCAGCUCAGACCUUUCUAAACAUCAGAGAAUCCACACAGGAGAGAGGCCCUAUGAAUGCAGUGAGUGUGGGAAAAACUUCACUCACAGAUCAAGCCUUUCUGUUCAUCUGCGAAUCCACACAGGGGAGAGGCCCUACAAAUGCAGUGAGUGUGGGAAAAGCUUCACUAGCAGCUCACACCUUUCUAAACAUCAGAGAAUCCACACAGAUGAGCGGCCCUAUGAAUGCAGUGAGUGUGGGAAAAGCUUCACUCAGAGAUCAGGCCUUUUUCAACAUCAGAAAAUCCACACAAAGGAGAAGCCCUAUGAAUGCAGUGAGUGUGGGAAAACGUUCAAUCGCAGCUCACAUCUUAUUACUCAUCACAGAAUCCACACAGGAGAGAAGCCCUACGAAUGCAAUGAGUGUGGGAAAAACUUCACUCACAGAUCAGCCCUUUCUGUUCAUCAGAGAAUCCACACAGGGGAGAGGCCCUACAAAUGCAGUGAGUGUGGGAUAGGCUUCACUAGCAGCUCACAUCUUUCUAAACAUCAGAGAAUCCAUACCGAUGAGAGGCCUUAUGAAUGCAGUGAGUGUGGAAAAAGCUUUACUCAAAGAUCAGCCCUUUUUCAGCAUCAGAGAAUCCACACAGGGGAGAGGCCCUAUGAAUGCAGUGAGUGUGGGGAAACCUUCAAUCGCAGCUCACACCUUAUUACUCAUCAGAGGAUCCACACAGGAGAGAGGCCCUACAAAUGCAGUGAGUGUGGGGAAAGCUUCAUUCAAAGAUCAGGCCUUUUCCACCAUCAGAGAAUCCACACAGGGGAGAGGCCCUAUGAAUGCUAUGAGUGUGGAAAAUGCUUCACUAGAAGCUCAGCCCUUUCUGUUCAUCAGACAAUCCACACAGGGGAGAGGCCCUAUGAAUGCAGUGAGUGUGGGAAAAGCUUCACUCACAGAUCACGCCUUUUUCACCAUCAGAGAAUCCACACAGGGGAGAGGCCCUACGAAUGCAGUGAGUGUGGGAAAACCUUCAAUUGCAGCUCGCACCUUAUUAGUCAUCAGAGCAUCCACACAGGAGAGUGGCCCUAUGAAUGCAGUGAGUGUGGGAAAAACUUCACUCACAGAUCAGCCCUUUCUCUUCAUCAGAGAAGCCACACAGGGGAGAGGCCCUAUAAAUGCAGUGAGUGUGGGAAAACCUUCAGUCGCAGUUCGCACCUUAUUAGUCAUCAAACAAUCCACACAGGAGAGAGGCCUUAUGAAUGCAGUGAAUGUGGGAAAAACUUCACUCACAGAUCAACCCUUUCUGUUCAUCAGAGAAUCCACACAGGGAAUAGGCCCUAUGAAUGCAGUGAGUAUGGGAAUACAUUCUCUUGGAACUCAAACCUGAGCAGUAAUAACUUUAUUCAUCAUCCAAAGACACGCUACAUGUUCCAUGAGUGUGGGAAAAGCUUCAAUCGGAGCUCUGCCCUUAUCACACAUCAGACAAUCCACACAGGUGAGAAACCUUAUGAAUGCUCUGAGUGUGGGAAAUGCUUCAUCGAUAGUUCAGCCCUCAUCUCACAUCAGCGAAUCCACACAGGAGAAGCGCCCCACACAUGCUCAGAGUGCGGGAAAAUCUUUAGUUGGAGCUCUACUCUGAACACACAUCUUAGAAUCCACACAGGGGAGAAGCCCUACACAUGCUCUGAGUGCGGGAAAAGCUUUAGUCAGAGCUCUGCCCUUAUCAGACAUCAGAGAAUCCACACAGGAGAGACGCCCUACACGUGCUCUGAGUGCGGGAAAAGCUUCCGUCAGAGUUCAAACCUUAUCACACAUCAGAGAAUCCACACAGGAGAGACGCCCUACACGUGCAUUGAGUGCGGGAAAAGCUUCAAUCACCACUCUACCCUUAUCAAACAUCAGAGAAUCCACACAGGAGAAAGGCCCUACACAUGCUCUGAGUGUGGGAAAAGCUUUAGGCAGAGCUCAAACCUUAUCAAACAUAGGAAAAUCCACACAGGUGAGAAACUUUAUGGAUGCUCUGAGUGUGGGAAAUGUUUCUCUAAUCGUUCAGACCACUUCUUACAUCACAAAAUCACACAGGUGAGAAGCCCUACACAUGCUCUGAGUGCGGGAAAAGCUUUAGUCAGAACUCACACCGUAUCAGGCAUCAGAUAAUCCACACAGGGGAGACACUGUACACGUGCUCUGAGUGUGGGAAAAGCUUCAA